AUGUCAAAUACAUAUACAACAACGACUACGAACAUACUGAAACCAAUUAAAAUUAACUCAUACACAAUACAACACCAACAACAAAAUGAAGAUAUAAAUUUAUCAAAUUGUUUACCAAUAUUAGUAGAAAUAAGUUGGAAUAAAAUAGUAGGUUCAAAAGAAAGAAUAUUUUUAUCACAAUUACGAAAUUUAUUUAAUGAAAUUGGCAAAAUAUUAAGAAUUGAAUCAAUUUUCAACGAGGAAGAAUUAAAUUUAAUUGAAAUUUUUAUAUCGAGUAAACCAACUUAUAGAUUAAAUAAACAAGAAUUAAUUAAAUUUAUUUUAAAACUGAUUCAUUUAAAUUCUUUUGAAAAACUAUUAAAAGAAAGAUUUCAAUUUGAUGAUUGUUAUGUUAAUGAAUGUAUUCAAAGAGCUUUCAAUGGAGAUAUUGUCGAUAAUACAAGUACGAUUCUGAGAGAUUACAAUGAAUAUAAAAGAAAUGUUGGAUCAGACUAUACUAUAAAGGAAGAAUCAAUAAGUAAUGAAAGAAGAGAUGAAGUUGAUGAUAAAAACACUCAUCUCAUACGUUCAGAACUAAAUCAAUUGAAGAGUAAGACAGAGGAACAAGAAUUAGAAAUUAGAAAUUUAAAAAUUGAAAAUGAAAAACUUCUAAAUCAAAUAAAUCAAUUACCUGUCACCCUGUCUAGUCGGAAUGAAAAUAAAGAUAAAUUAAAAGAUAUAGAGAAAAAUUUAAAAAUAGAAGAAUUGACUGAAAAAUGUGAAAAAUGUAUGGAAGAAAAUAAAAAGUUAAAAUUAAAUGAAAUUAAAAUUUCAAAGUCAUUUGAGACACUAGAAAAGAAAAUAGCAAAGCAAGACCAGUUAUUAGAAAACUAUAGAAGGAGUCGAUCAGUAACUGUUGAAAGAAAAAGUUUUAGCAGAUUUGAUGUGUUGAAUAGAUUUUCUUUUAAAUGGAAUGUCUUUAAAGAUAUACGAAAGCAUAGUUUAAAGGACGUUCGAAUCAUAUUAUUAUUAAUCGUUAGUUUAUUUACAUUUUUAGCAUUGUUAUCAGUGGGAGUUCAGAUUAUAAAAUUAAUUUCAAAUAUAGUAACACGUUCAUGCAAUACAGGAUAUGUGUAUGAUAAUUAUAACAAUGGAUUUUGGAAAUUAUCUUUGACUAAACUUUAUCAAACACCCAUUUAUCUAAAGAAUUUCAUAUACAAUCUACUAAAUCGAUGA